AUGAAAACUGUUUUCGUUACCGUUGGCACAACAAAAUUCCCAAAAUUAGUGGACACAAUAACAACCUUAGACGUCAUAAAAACCCUCAAAAAUCUAGGAUACGACAACGUCCAAAUCCAAACUGGCAAAGAUUUCCACAAACCCAACAUAGAUCCUCUUUUAAAAAACGUCACCGUAAACCUGCAAGAGCAAUCUUGGGCAGUCAAACUCCUAGAUUUCGAUGUAACUAUCAAUUACAAUACAUAUUUUGAUAAUUUUGAAGAACAAAUUCGUAAAGCCGAUUUGGUAAUAAGCCAUGCAGGCGCUGGAUCUUGUUUAGAUGUUUUAAGGCUCAAAAAACCUUUGAUUGUUGUUACAAAUGAAGACCUUAUGGACAAUCACCAAACAGAACUUGCAGAACAACUACAAAAAGACAAACAUCUAUUUUUCUGUAACUGCAAUACAUUAGUUGAUACUUUACACAAAGACUUCAUUAACUUAGUUCCACAUCCUCAACCUGACAAAAAUUUAUUUUCAAAUUAUUUAGAUAAAUGUUGUGGGUUUGUACAAUAA